UAUGGCGAAGGCGAAUACAAACCCGACGAGAGAAUUGACACACCAAUAAUAUACACACAAACGAUUACACGCACAACCACCAUUUUACCAACAGAAUCGCCAACGCCUAUUGAUAAUGUCGACGAUAUUAAUGAUGACACUACCACUCCUGACGACAAUUCAGAUCCUGGACUAUCUAAAGACGAACUCGUAAACUUGAAAUAUUGUAAAAGCAAGCAAUGUAAAUUUAUAUUCGCCUACAAGCACGGAGAACAAGAAUCAAAGGCACAGAUGCACUUUAGGUCGAUUGUUGGUCUCGCUUUGCGCCUCAAUCGCACGAUCGUCCUUCCAAAUGUAGGCGGGUCUCGUCUUGGCGCAUGUCUAGCACAUCCCUUUGAUUAUUAUUAUGACAUGGAUGGGCUUCGCAAGCAAUUUCCUCAACUGAAGUUCAUACUACUAGCCGAUUUUAAAAAGUGGACUAGAGAGAGAGAAAUACCCCCCACCAUUAAAUAUGUCGAAAUAAAUAGGGAACGAAUUACUAGGCAAAAUUGGGUAUUAGAUGGAUAUACCAAUGGGACAAAGCUUCGAAAAGCCGCUUGCCUCGGUGACUGCAAUCCAUUAUUGAUUCCCGAGGAGGUUCCGACUACGACAAUCGGUUUGCACAAUCGUUGGGCAAACACGCCAAAAGUUAUGGAAGAGGGACAUUUACUUAUAAUCAAUAAUACACAAACAUCAGCUGAAUUCCUGCUUGUUAAAGCACACUCCUUUAGAUUGCUAUUUCCCACAGAGGCUA